AUGACCACAGCUCCCCAGAUUCCCGCCCCGGCUCACACGCUCGCGGAUUCCAUGUUGUCCCGCCACUUCGGAAGAGAGACGGUGAACUACUUCUCUAGCUCUCCAAUCAACCGUCUAUCAUUCCUGCGCUCUGACCACCCAUUUCUCUCAACGGCUUUGAAGCACCCGUCUGCCCGAUUCGUCCUCUUGAACAACCUUGCGCCGUUGACUCCCUCGCCUGCGCAACUGCAUUAUGCUAAGUAUGAUGAGGUGCGCAAGCUUGUGCCCAAUGACAUGUUCGAUGUCUCUGAGGAGGAUAUGAUCAAGAACUAUGAUUCGCGCAAGACGCAUCCUACCUUGAUCUUCCUCGGUUUGGAUGAGAGUCUCAAGGAAGGUGGUUUUGCUUGGAAGAUUUACUCCGGCACACCUUAUUUCGCAGUCGAUGUCACGCCCAAGGGAUCAGAGGAACAGCAGAUUGCAGCGAAGGAUGUGAUCAGCACCAUGGAAGCGAAGGGCUUAUCUUUCUUCCACGCGCGAGUUGUUAUGUCCUUUUCCGCUGAUGAAGGUAUGUCCAAACCCACCUCAAACUACCUCGAACCAUAUGGCAAGAAAAAUAAACUGACCGUCGAAACAGCCGCUAUCUACGCCCAGGCACGCGCAUUGAUGGACUGGAACACUCGUAACACCUUCUGCGGAACAUGCGGACACCCAACACUAGGCGUGAACGCCGGUACAAAGCGCGCUUGCCCACCAACAGACAAGGCCCUCACAGCCACAGGCAAGACAGAAGAACGACCAGCUUGCAACACCCGUACAACACUGUCGAACCUAUCCUUCCCACGCACAGACCCAACAAUAAUCGUAGCCGUCGUCUCAGCCGACGGCAAGCGCAUCCUCCUCGGCCGGUCGAAGCGAUUCCCACCAAACUGGUACUCAACGCUAGCGGGCUUUAUCGAGCCUGCCGAGUCUGUUGAGGAUGCCGUGCGGAGAGAAGUGUGGGAGGAGGCUGGUGUGACGUUGUCGCGGGUUGUUAUUCACUCGUCGCAGCCUUGGCCUUAUCCUGCUAAUUUGAUGAUUGGCGCCAUUGCUCAGGUUAGUGAUCCUGCUCAUGAGACGAUUUCUCUGCAGCAUGAUCCUGAAUUGGAGGAUGCCAAAUGGUUUGAGAUUGAGGAGGUGGAGGAGGCGUUGAGGGUUGGGACUAGUGAUUUGGGCGGCUCGGCUGGGCCUGAGUAUAAGGAGGGUGGUUUGCGUUUGCCGCCUCAUACCGCUAUUGCUAACCAGUUGAUUCGGGCUGCUGCUAGCGCUGAGUAUUUUGCUGUUGAUAAGCAGUCUAAGAUUUGA